ACACAUUCUCUCUCAUUUCAAACAACCACUCGGUCUGUUCAAUAACGCAGUGCCAUUCUUUCUUAUUUCGUACGGAAGCUGCCCCAGCAAUAAACUUUAAACACACACCUCUCUGCUCAAUUACCACCACCACCACCAACCACAAUUACAUAAUUUGUAAUACAGAGAGAGAAAUUGUAUUGUUUAGAGAGAGAAAGAGAUGGGAGAGAGCUCAAUGGGGGCACUGGUGCCCGCCGUCAAGUCUGAACCAACAUUGUCCGAUGCUAUUGGCGAGCAGGCGACACCGCCAAUUCCACUUCCGCCGCCGCCGGAGACGGCGGUUGUAGCGCCGGAGCUGGACAAGGACUUUUUGUGUCCCAUAUGCAUGCAGAUCAUUAAAGACGCGUUUCUCACAGCUUGUGGCCAUAGCUUCUGUUACAUGUGCAUUGCAACUCACCUUCAGAGCAAGAACGAUUGUCCUUGUUGUGGACACUACCUCACCACCAACCAUCUCUUCCCUAAUUUUCUCCUCAAUAAGUUUUUGAUGAAGACUUCCGCUAGUCAAAUAGCGAAAAAUGCAACACCUUUUGAACAGCUUCGCCAGGCACUACACAAGGAUCACAAGGUGUCAGUUAAGGAGCUAGAUAGACUCUUGUCUCUCCUUGUGAAUAAGAAGAGAAAAUUGGAGCAAGAAGAAGCUGAAGUUAAUACACAGAUUCUGCUAGACUUUUUGCAUUGCCUAAGGAAGCAAAAGCUUGAAGAGCUUAAAGAGAUACAAAUUGAUCUCCAGUACAUUAAGGAGGACAUUAAUGCUGUGGAAAGACAUAGAGUAGAAUUGUGUCGAGCAAGAGAGAGAUAUUCAGUAAAGCUGAGGAUGCUUGUUGAUAAUCCUUUUGCAACAAAAGCAUGGCCUUCAUUAAUUGAUAAACGUAGCAGUGGCAUCAAUUCUUGUGUCCCCAGUGUACAAGGUCAAUGUCGGAUGGAUUCAGGGAAUCCGCAGAUCAUGAAAGCUGAUGCACAGGUUCUUGAGAGCUCUCAAAUACUCCAAAAAAAUGAUGCUUACAGUUUGUCGGACUCACAACAUCUUACUCAAUCAGGAGUGACACUAGCAAGAAAAAGACAAGUUCAUGCACAGUUCAAUGACCUACAGGAGUGUUACUUGCAAAAGCGAAGACAUUGGGUUAGACAAUCACAUAAACAGGAAGAAAGGAACACAAGAGAAGGUUAUCAUGCAGGACUUGAGGAUUUCCAAUCUGUAUUGUCUACCUUUACACGAUACAGUCGUUUGAGGGUCAUUGCUGAACUUAGGCAUGGGGAUCUUUUUCACCCAGCCAAUAUUGUAUCAAGUAUAGAAUUUGACAGAGAUGAUGAACUGUUUGCCACAGCUGGAGUAUCACGACGGAUCAAGAUUUUUGAAUAUUCAUCGGUGGUGAAUGAACCCGCAGAUGUGCAAUGCCCUAUCGUGGAAAUGUCCACAAGAUCCAAGCUUAGCUGCCUGAGCUGGAACAGGUACAAGAAAAACCAUAUAGCAAGCAGUGAUUACGAGGGGAUGGUAACUGUCUGGGAUGUGAGUACUCGUCAGAGUGUAAUGGAGUAUGAAGAGCAUGAAAAACGAGCAUGGAGCGUUGAUUUUUCGCGCGCCGAACCUUCGAUGCUUGUGUCUGGCAGUGAUGACUGUAAGGUCAAAGUUUGGUGCACAAAUCAGGAGGCAAGUGUUCUUAAUAUUGACAUGAAAGCAAAUAUAUGUUCUGUCAAGUAUAAUCCCGGGUCUAGCCUUUAUGUGGCGGUGGGUUCCGCAGAUCGUCACAUUCAUUAUUAUGACCUGAGAAACACAAGCCAACCCCUGCAUAUUUUCGGUGGGCAUAGGAAAGCUGUUUCAUAUGUAAAAUUUCUGUCCAACAAUGAGCUUGCUUCUGCAUCUACUGACAGCACAUUGCGCUUGUGGGAUGUUAAAGAAAAUUUGGCACUCCGCACAUUUAGAGGCCACGCCAAUGAGAAGAAUUUUGUGGGUCUCACGGUAAACAGUGAAUACAUUGCUUGUGGCAGCGAAACAAAUGAAGUAUUCGUCUACCACAAGGCUAUCUCGAAGCCAGCAGCUAGGCAUAGAUUAAGUUCUUCAGAUACGGAUGUUGGUGAUGAAGAUGCAGCAGGAAUUUACUUCAUUAGUGCUGUGUGUUGGAAAAGUGAUAGCCCCAUAAUGUUAACAGCAAACAGUCAAGGAACAAUUAAAGUGCUUGCACUUGCUGCCUGACUGAACAAUUAAAGAUUAAAAAUAUAAUAUUAAUGCAAGGUCUUGUCUUUUUGUUUCA